AUGAAACUCUCAACCCUCCUCCUCAGCGCAGUCUGCACUGCUACUUCGACAGCAACUACCACUGCAAACCAAGCAGCAACCCACGUAAUCUACUCCUACCCCGGCCCCUCCCCCCCGGCAAGCCUUCUCUCCCUCAUCUCCUCCGGCAAAGUAGGCGGCCUCAUCCUCUUCGGCGAAAACAUCGACGCCAACCUCUCCACCACCAUCGCCAGCAUCCAAAAAACCUACGCCUCGUCCCCAGGCUACAAUGGCACGCCACUGCUCAUCAUGACCGACCAAGAAGGCGGCAAAGUCCGCCGGCUCCCUGGCGGCCCGACCCUCUCCGCGAAGCAGGUCGGCAUGUCGGCCGAUCCGGCAUCUACAGCUGCAGAAGCAGGGACAGAAGCUGCGAGCACACUGAGCAAGUACAGCGUGAAUGUGAAUCUCGCGCCUGUGCUGGAUGUUUACCGCUCCGCGGGGAACUUUAUAGAUGAGUAUGGUCGGUCGUAUGGGAAUUCCUCCCGGUUGGUAACGUCUUGCGGGGAGGCGUUCAUCGCCGCGCAGCAAAAACAGAAAGUGAUUGCUACGGCAAAGCACUUCCCUGGACUCGGGGCUGCGGGGGCAGGCGAGAAUACAGACCUCGUGCCGGUGAGGAUUGACCGCGGGCUGAAGGAGUUGCGGCGGGUGGAUGAAGCGCCGUAUACGGCUGCGAUUGCGGCGGGGGUGGAGAUGGUGAUGGCCUCGUGGGCGGUGUAUCCUGCGCUGGAUGAUAAGCCGGCUGGGCUGAGUGAGAAAUGGAUUCAGGGAGAGCUGAGAGGGAGGCAUGGGUUUAGGGGUGUGACGAUCACGGAUGCGAUUGAGGCCGGGGCGUUGGGGGCGUAUGGCGAUGAUGCGGCGAGGGGGGUGCUUGCUGCGCAGGCGGGGAUGGAUCUGCUUCUUGCGUCGGCGAGGAAUGUCUCGCAGGGGGAGGCGAUUGUGGAUGCACUGACCAAGGCAUUGGAGACAGGGGAGGUGGAUACGGAGGAGUUUGAGGCCGGCACGGCGCGAAUCAUGGCAUUGAGACGGACUUUACAUGUAUAG